AUGACAUGUAUUUUUAUUUUAACCAAUCAGAAUCAAGCAUUGCCUUCCGUUCGGAGCUUACUUGGUACCAAAUUCAAAUCUCUGAUUUUGUAUGUACAUUCUCUCGGAAAUUACCCUUCCACUAGCAUAAUGCUGUCAAUAAGGAGCCGACUACAAGUCUUGAAUGAAAUUGCGCGUGAUGAAAUGUCUGAAAAUCCAAUAAAAGAAGAUGUUGCCAAACAGAAAGCAAUCCAAGAAGCCAAGAGAGAGAAACGGCGAAGAAAAAUCAUAAAUGAGAUUUUUGAAACUGAGAAGACCUACCUCAACCAUCUUGAUCUGAUACAAAAUCCAAGACUAUAUUCAAUGUAUGCUAAUAACCACAGUCAGGCACUUACCACUCUGCAGGAGUGGCUGCAAAAAAGCUCUGAAUUUGCAGAUUUUAUUCAGAAACAGGAAUCUUUGUCAGAUGUUAAUGGGUUAAAACUGAAUGCUUUGCUGAUAACUCCAGUACAAAGAGUCCCCAGGUACAAAUUGUUAUUGGAUGAUUUGUUAUCCCAGACACUAACAAAUCAUCAUGAUUAUUAUAGUUUGCAAGAUGCCACUAAACAAGUGAGCCACAUUGCUUGUCACAUUAAUGAACAUAUCAGGCAGCAUGAGAACUUCCAGAAAAUGUUAUCCAUUCAAAAGUCUUUGGGAACAGCACCCAAAAUUCUUUCACCUGGUCGGGAAUUCAUCAAAGAAGGAACACUUAAAAAGGUUGCCCGCAAAGGUGGAGGCAAAUCCCAUGAUCGAAUGUUCUUCCUUUUCUCGGAUAUGUUGCUCUAUGGCAAACCUAAGCUCCUGGAUACAGCCAAUUCAUACACUUGCAGCUGUGUUCUGCCACUUCGCCAUUGCUCUGUGCAACGUUUGUUUAUAAACAACAAAAAACUCGAAGGAGGAGGAAUGUUUCAGAUAACCUGUAAAGAAGAAAUACUUGUCCUUUAUUCUCUUGAUCCUGAUGAUGUUUCUUCAUGGGUUGAUGCACUGGAAUCUGCUAUUAGAAAACUUUCUGAAAACAGAUCAACUCUGCGCAAACCAAGUAGUAACAAGGUGCCAUUACGUGGUAGAACUCUACGACAAAAGAAAUCGGAAAAGAAAAAUGGCAGAAGGAAUCUACAACAAACUUUACAGCUUUUUCAUGAUGAGAAUGCAGUAUCAGUCUCUCCUGAAGAUUCUCCUCUGAGAGAGGAGAAGGCUGGACAGGUCCCAUCUCAAACAUCACCUGCAAUUCUCCAGGAACAACAUGUCAAUCUUGAUAUUUCUUUCAAGCGAAAAUGGGAGGAGGAGGCCCAACAGCUUUCAGUCGGGGAGGUAAGCAGUCAAAUUGCUUUAGUUUAA